CCACCAGUGUUGCAGCAAACAUGCACCUUGACCUGUCACGUGAUGCACAAAACUAAAGAUUUUCGAACUGGGGAACUGAAGAAAAAUGAAGUUUUUAGAUCUAUUCGGGCGGUUAAAGUCUAUAGUCAUUGGCAUGGUGCACGUUAAAGCCCUACCAGGCACGCCGUUGGGGAGAUCAAAGAUUUUGGAGAUAAUCGACAGCGCGCGCCGUGAAGCCGAGAUAUACAACGAAGCAGGAAUUGAUGGACUGAUAAUUGAGAACAUGCACGACCUUCCCUACACGCUAGCCCCGGGACCGGAGGUGUGCGCCUGCAUGACGGCCGUGUGCUCGGCCGUGAGGCAGACCUGCCCGUCCCUCCCCCUCGGCGUUCAGAUCCUUACUGCGGCGAACCGCCAGGCUCUGGCAGUAGCUCUGGCCUCAGGUCUCGAUUUCGUCCGCGCCGAGGGUUUCGUGUUCUCGCACGUCGCCGACGAAGGCCUCCUGAACGCCUGCGCCGCCGAGCUGCUGCGCUACCGGAAGGAGAUCGGAGCCGAGCGCGUCCAGAUCUUCACCGACAUCAAGAAGAAGCACAGUUCCCACGCCCUGACGUCCGACGUGAGCGUGGUGGAGACGGCGAGGGCGGCAGAGUUCUUCCUCUCCGACGGAGUCAUCCUCACGGGGACCGCCACGGGCAUGGAGGCGGAUCCCGGCGAGCUCAGAGAAGUGGCGCAGUCGGUAAAGAUCCCCGUCCUCAUUGGCUCCGGAGUAACCCACGGCAAUCUGGAGCGCUACCUCGAUGCAAGCGCGAUGAUCAUUGGCUCCCAUUUCAAGACGGGAGGGCACUGGGCGAAUCCCGUGGAUCCGGAGAGGGUGAAGAGGUUCAUGGGAAAGAUGCAUGAACUGAGGUUCUAAAAAGCCUUGCAAUCCAAAUUUUCCAGAGGUUCUGUCUUUACACGGUACAAAGCAUACAUCAACCUGCAGCAUGCGUGUUAGAAUAUGAUGACAAUAUUGCUGCAAGUCAUUUGAAGUGAAAACAUAAGUGUGGUUUCAGUUAACAUUGUAAUUCUGAGAAAGGGUAAUGAUUGGGUAAUUUAUGUAACUACUCAACACUUACGUAAUAUUUACACUGAUUCAUUACAAAAACAAAUCACGUUUACUUGUUUAAGCAUGUUAUAUCGCCAUUUUUAAAGAGUAAAUAAGAGUACAUGUAUACUAUAAUAUACACACGAGUGUAGUAAAUUAGGUUUAUUUGAAUGACCUGCUUUGAAAUACCAGUACUUGUGUAACAGUAGAGCUAGUGCUAGUAGUGAUCUAUGUAAUGGUGAGGUGGAUUUCACUUUUCAGUUUUUCCUCAUUAAGAAGGACAGAAAAUAAUUAUAUAAGAUGUGAAUUAAAAAGGAAGGAUCCGUGUGAAAUCAAA